AUGAGACCAGUCACUUUAUCGCGCCCGCUGACCGCGCGGUCUCCGGCAUAUUUACAUACCACCAAGUGGAGACCUCCGCUUUAUGCACGCUCAUUAAUACGUUACACAUCUUCUAUCAAGUCAGGGCAUAUCUCAGUAGGAGAGAACGAAGGAAUUGUCUAUGUCAAUAAUAUCUUCCCACACCGUUUACAAUGGCUGUUGCGGGGACCACUCAGCCACAUCCAGCCUCUUGAGGGGAUUUUAAAACGAGUCAACAACCCAGGAAUAGCGGCAGCAGAUCCACUUCGCAUUGUGCAGCUAGCACUACCAAAAGAAUUGGACCUGGAGAUCAAAGAGGUUGUUACGAGGUACAAAGAAGGCGGCGCAUUCGUUAAGUAUGGGCUCAAGUCGAAUAUAACCGAGGAGAGCAUCCAGAAUGCGAUCAAAAAGAACCUGCAAAACAGACCCAUCAAGCCCUGGUUCAAUCCAUUCCAGAAAGUCGACGCGGACCUUGUUCGUGGAACACCGUGGAUCGAAGACCUCUACCGGAUUCCCAGCCAGACUCUCAAAGUGGAAUUUUUGCCUACUUCCCCAGGCACAUCUGCAGCGGUAUUGACGCAAGAAGCCUUGUACUCACUGUUCCGCCCUUAUGGCAAGAUCCUGGACAUCCAGGAACAGCCAUCGGAUUCCAAGGUCGAGCCACGAUAUGCAAUCUUACGAUUCGAGCUCCCCCGGUACGCUGUCAUGGCAAGAAACUGCAUGCAUGGCUUUAUUGUUUCUGAAGAAGCAGGUGGGGGCAAGUCCGGGACAAGGUUUAAGAUAAACUACGAGCGCAAGAUCAAGCUAUCUAUGAUCAAGGAUUGGAUUAUCAAUCACCCGAGACUGGUAAUCCCAGCUGUUGCUGCAUUGAUAGCUACAAUCACAGUUAUUAUCUUUGAUCCAAUCCGCACAUUUUUCAUCGAACUCAAGAUCAAAUCAUCUUUCCAAGCCGAAGAAAAUCAAGUCCUACAAUGGGUCCGCAGACAAGCCAGCAAAGCGAACAUGUUCUCUUUUGGAAAGUCAAAGUCCAACCCCCGAGGUCUGGCUGCUAUUUGGGAAGGUCGGCAAAAGGACAUUGAGCAGCUGCGAGCUUGGCUGACCGAGACGGCCGAGACAUUCAUUGUCAUCCACGGGCCUCGGGGAUCAGGAAAGCGCGAGCUGGUUUUGGAGCAAGCACUCAAGGAGCACAAGUAUAAGGUCGUCAUUGACUGUAAACAAAUUCAGGACGCUCGAGGCGAUACCGCCAAGAUCUCGCGAGCAGCUGCCCAGGUUGGCUACCGGCCCAUCUUCUCUUGGAUGAACAGCAUCAGCAGCUUUAUCGAUCUUGCUGCACAGGGAAUGAUUGGUACCAAAGCUGGAUUUUCCGAGACUCUAGAUGCGCAGCUGAGCAAGAUCUGGCACAACACUGCUGUUGCCAUGAAGCGAGUCGCUUUGGAAGGUAGACGAAAGGAAGACAAAGAUAUCCACUUGUCUGAAGAUGAAUACCUGGAGGCUCACCCCGAGAAAAGGCCUGUUCUGGUAAUUGACAACUUCUUGUAUGACUCCGACAAUAGUGUUGUCUUCGACAAGCUCACCGAAUGGGCGGCUGGGGUGACAUCGGCAAAUAUCGCCCAUGUGGUUUUCCUGACGACCGAUUCAUCCUUUGCGAAACCAUUGAGCAAAGCAAUGCCCAAUCAAGUUUUCCGCACAAUUGGACUGGGAGAUUGCUCGCUUGAAGUUGGCCGUCGGUUCGUGUUGAGACAUCUGGAUGCAGAGUCUGGCGGAGAUGAAGAAAACGCAAGGCGCAAAGAGACUCUGCACGGCUUGGACUCUUGCAUCAAGACUCUGGGUGGCCGAGUCACCGACUUGGAUUUCAUGGCCCAUCGUAUCGAGGCUGGCGAGACCCCUGAAGCUGCUGUGAACCGGAUCAUCGAGCAGUCGGCAUCAGAAAUUCUGAAGAUCUUCAUCCUUGGGACGGAAUCUCCGUCACCUCAAUACACGCGCGAGCAGGCAUGGCAUCUAAUCAAGACUCUAGCACAGUCUAAGGACGGAACUCUGCUGUAUAACAAGGUCCUCCUCGGAGAUCUAUUCAAGGACAACGGCGAGGCGACCCUCCGAGCCUUGGAGCAAUCAGAGCUCAUCUCCGUCGCAACUGACAAGGGAUUCCCGCGAUAUGUCAAACCUGGAAAGCCCGUCUAUCGUGCUGCCUUCCAACGUCUGGUUGAAAAUAAAACCCUGCAAAACCGUCUGGAUCUAUUGAUCCUGUCUCAGCUUAUCAGUAACGAGAAUUUAAGCAUCAAGAAGUAUGAGGAGGAGCUGCAGGUUCUUGGGUCGUUGCCUAAAUAUCCUUGGGAGUUGACUUCGCGGAUUGAGUGGCUUUUGCGCAAGGUUCAUGCAUCGCAAGGGAAGAUUUCUAAGUAUGAGGGUGAAAGCGCUGCUUUGUCAAAGAUUUUGCAGAAAGAGAACUGA